UGAGGUUUUGUCAUACUGUUUUGUUUUCUUUUAUGUUGUUUGGUCGAUAGGAGUUAAAGUGACUAGUUGAAAAACAAUAAAAACUUGAAUAAACUACAUAUUUUCUAGUCAAUAUAUUAUAAAACAUUAUGGGGUCAGAGGCGAACAUUAUGGAUAUUGUCGCAAAGGAGGAAGCUGUGGCGGAGUUGAGGAAGAAAGCUUUCCAGGAGGAGCUUGUCGACCUGAUGGAAAGGGGCGAAGAAGCGAGGAAAAUAGAGGAAGACAUGAACCGCUUCUCGAUCGCUGAAGACCUAAGCGUAUAUAGGCAGUUUAAAAUUCGGCCCGACAUCGAAAACAGGUUUCAAUCUGGCUACGUAAGAGAAGAAAUACAAGAUGUGCUUCAUACUAUGUUGAAAGAUAAGAAUUUUUCCGAACAGGACCCUGGCGAAUUGACAAAAUUAAUAGCGAAUACUAUUCGAAACAGGAUCGGAGGCUCAGGCAAAUUAUACAACCGUUAUAAAUUAGUCGUUCAUGUCGUUCUGGGAGAGCAUAAAGGAGCGGGCGUUAAAAGUGGCGCAAGGUGCCUUUGGGAUCCGGAAUGUGACACAUGUGUUACGGAAAAUUUCUUAAAUGUAAUGAUCAUAAAUUUCACUCUGUUUGACAAUAAAAAAAAAUUGUUUGUAUUUUUCAGGACAAUAUGUUUUGCGUAGCUACAGUUUUUGGAAUAUUGUUCUACUGAGAAAAUUACCAGUUGAUUAUUAUUGUGAUAUGAAUGGCACAAUUUUCUUUGAUAAUUGUCAUGUUUUAUAAAUAAAUUUGAUAGCCAAAGAUUAUCGAAUAUAUUUUAUCAUAGUUAAUUAACUUUAACUAUUUUCUUAUCUGAAUGACUCAUGGCUUUUUUGUAUUUAUUUUCUAAUUAAACUUACGAAGCAAAAUCACAAUGAAUAAUUUUUUUUUACUAGUGACAAUUUCUGUAGCUCGAUCAUCUCUGGUCAUUCUGUUCUUGCACAUUUUGUCUCAGGAGUAUUUAAACGAAAAUUCCAAUUUAUCAAAUAGUACAGUCCAUUCAUUGAAAAUAGUGCAGAUCGACCAGACUAUCAGGUAUGAUUAUGCUACUGGAUCACCUCGCACACAGCACAAUUUUUUUCUCAAUAAGUUAUUAUAAUGUAUUUGUACAUUAGAGUUGUGUAAAUAUAACAAUUAUUUUUGA